GGAGAGAGGGCAUGUUAGUGAAAGCAUGAGCCCUUGUGCAGUUCCACUCAUUCUCGUGUCAAAGAAGGAUCAAACUUGGAGGAUGUGUGUUGAUUGUCGAGCAAUCAACCAAAAUAAAAUUUAAGUAUCGACAUUCUAUACCACAUUUAAUGAAUUACAUGGAUCUAGCUUGUAUUCAAAGAUUGAUUUGAGAUUAGGUAAUCACCAAAUUCGUAUGAAGGAAGGCGAUGAAUGGAAGACAACUUUUAAAAUGAAGCUUGGUCUAUAUGAAUGGACACUGAUUCCUUUCAAAUUGACUAAUGCUCUGAGUAAUUUUAUGAGGUUGAUGAAUCACAUAUUGAUAGCUUUUAUUGGGAGGUUCGUUGUUAUCUACUUCUACGAUAUUCUGAUCUAUUCAUGGAGCAUGGAGGAUCAUCUUAAGCAUGUACGAGAAGGGUUGGCAACUUUGAGGAAGGAGCAUCUCUAUACCAAUCUCAAGAAGUGUGUGUUUUGUACCUCAAGCGUGGUAUUUCUUGGUUUCGUAGUUAGUGCUAAUGGAGUUAAAGUCGAUGAAGAGAAGGCGGAGUUAUUCAAGUGAGGCCUUCCCCUACUAACGUGAAUGAAGUGAGGAGCUUUCAUGGGUUUGAUGGCUUCUAUCGAUGAUUUGUUCCAAAUUUAUGCACCAGAGCCGCACCAUUGACUCAAUUAUCAACAAGAAUGUGGUUUUCUAUUGGGGAGAAGAGCAAGACAAGGCAUUCGAGCUACCCAAGUACAAGCUUACUCAUGCUCUUAUUAUGAUGCCACCUGAUCUUCAUAAGACGUUUGAAGUAGAGUCUAAUGCAUCAGAGAUGGGAACUGCAGCGGUGUUGAUGAAAGAGAAGAAGCAUAUUGCCUACUUUAGUGAGAAGUUCAGUGGAGCUACGUUUAACUAUCCUAGUUACGAUAAGGAGCUCUAUGCAUUGGUUUGAGCUUUGGAGAUGUGGCAACAUUACUUGUCGCCAAAGGAAUUUGUUAUCCAUACUAGUAACGAUUCUCUGAAGUAUUUGAAGGCCCAACACAAGUUGAACAAGAAUCAUGCUCGUUGGGUGGAUUUUAUUGGAUCAUUUCCAUACGAGAUCUAAUAUAAACAAGGCAAGGAGAAUAUAAUUGAUAAUGCUUU